AUGCAACUCCUUUCGUGUCUCGUGGUGGUCGCUGUUGCGCUUUUCAGUACCGCAAAAGCAGGAUAUAUUCCUCAUGGCCACGCCUCGAGCUACGCUUCCGUGGUGCAGCAUGACGUUGUGCCUCAUCACGGCGGUUACUUGGGUCUAGUAAACUACGUGGCCUACGGUGGCCACGGAGAGGAUCAUUAUGUGGAGGAACCACAUCAUUACCCGAAAUAUUCAUUCGACUAUGGUGUUAAGGACUCACACACUGGCGAUCACAAGAGCCAAUGGGAGCAUCGUGAUGGUGAUCAUGUGAAGGGUGGUUAUACUCUGGCCGAGGCUGACGGCACUACACGCGUUGUGGAAUACACAGCUGAUGAUCACAAUGGCUUCAAUGCCGUCGUAAAGAAGAUCGGACAUGCGUACCAUCCCCAAGUGUACAAUACACAUAAGGAAGCCUACGGCUACGGUGGUCAUGGACAUUAUCCCCUUGGGCAUGGCAGCAGUUAUGUGGAAAUCAAGCAACACCAUUAA